AUGCUGCUGUCGCGGCGUGUGGGGAGGGCGGAGCUGCUGCACCUGCUGCAGCAGCAGCAGCAAAUCAUCGAGAAGCAUUAUGGCAGUCUUUUGGAAGUGCGGGACUUGGGUUUUAGAGAAACCGCAUUCAGGAUAAAGAAGCCCCGCGAGUCUCCUGCAUAUUUUGGGCGUCUCAUCGCCGUCGCCUUCGGGGCGAAGCCAACAGCAGUUCCGGAGAUUGACGCCGCCCUGCAGGCAACAGGAGGAGUGCUGCGGCACACGACGCAGAAGCUGCGCUACCGCAGCAACUUCUUAACUUACAACUGCUACAAGCACCGCCCAGAGCCGCAGUAG